UCCUCUCUGCCAGAUGCUCUCACGUGGCAAAAAGCCCUAGGGAUGUACCUGGCUGAGGUCGACCUGUGUUUGUCACGGCAGGCACAGCACGUGGGUGACACAUGAACACAGCUGGGAGCGGUAGUCAUUUGGACCUUGGAAAAAAGGAUGGGGAUGGUUUUGUUUGCUUCCAGGCUGAUAAAACAGAACUUCCGUGGUCUGCAUUUCUUCUCCCAGAUCAGGACCAGAUUAGGGUCAGGUGCUGGUGGUGCUGCCUGCCCUCAUGAAAUGCUUUUGUUCUGGACUGACAUCUGUAGGGGUAAGUCUUUAUCCAUAACCUAUUCAGUCUUUGAGUUUGCCUGUUGAGAUUCCUGGUUACAAAUAAUUAAAAAAUAAGUUCCCUACGAAUCCUUGGUCAAAGGCAGCUGGGACUCCAUUCAGAUUAGCAUUUAGAUGUGACAGACAGCGGUGGAGCUAGAGCAGAGGGUGUGACAGGACACUGUCAGAUCCUGUUAGAUGGGGGUUUUGAGUGACUUUGGCCAAACCCCAUGAUUUUGCUGGAUUCUUCUGUGAAAAGGGCAAAAUCAUCCUAUACACAUUGUGGCCUCCUAGGCCAUUACUGAGCGCUUGCCCAGAGCUGGACAGCUUGGUAGCAUUCAAGUCACGUGGUUGCUUGUAAAACAGCCACGACAUUUCAUGAUCUAGUAUAGCUCAAUGGUAAACUCUUUCCAAGCGUUUUGUUGCCUUUGGUACCUGCUACCCUGCAAUUGGAAACCCAUUUCCUGCCCUUUCAUCCUCUGCCUUUCUGAUCUCUGCACGUCAAUGUCGCUGGUGGGGAUUUUAUCUAUUUCUGUUUUUUUGUCUCAGGCAGCUUUUGUCUCCAUGCUUCCACUUCCUGAGUGUGCAGCUGGCCGGACUGUUAAUCAGCAAGGUCAUGUUUUGAUGCGCGUUGUUUUUAGGGGGAUGGGGGAAGAAUGGAUGGUUGUUCCGGGGGAGAUACAGAUUUUCCAAGUCAGGAAGGAAAGAUGAAGGCGGAAGGAGAGCCUUACAGACCAGGUUUAUUUGCACAAAGGAAAAUGGAGGCUAGGGUUGGAGAUGGAAUUCAGAGCUUGAGUAUGGAACUUUGCUUUAGCUAAGACAUCAUCUCUGUGUGUCAAGUUUUCCUUGAUGUCUCUUUGCUCGUGUCACAGCAGGAGGUCCUGAGAAUUAGUUAAAUGACUGCAGGUGCUCAUCACCCCUUGAAAUACUGGAUUCGGGUAGACUGUGUAGCAGCAGUUAGGUACAAAACCCAGGGCACUUUGCCAGUUACUGUACCACGGUGAAAGUAGCACACUGCUCACCUACUCCAGAAAUUCAGCUUUCUUAGAAGACACACGUUUGCAAAGGUUUUUGGGGCCUGAGAAUGUUAGAAGACCUAAGUGAGUUUAUCUAAGCUGUCUUUGCUGCGUUAUAGUUAUAUAUCCUGCUCUGCUUCACACGUGCCAGCCUUUUCUUCCAAAGCAACAAGUACUUCAGGAAAGGAGGCUCCCCAUGCUCAAUUUUUAAUUCGACCAGAGAGAAAUGAAGUAGCACAGCCCACAUCUUUAGAGGGGUCUCGAUCACAAUGGAUCUCUUGCUGCCAUUGACUAUGACUACCUUCAUUUCCUUAUUUUCAGAAAUGAAGUCACCAGUUCUAGUCACGCUGGACUCAGUGUAUCUGGGGGGAAUGCAGUUCCUGCACUGCCCUCCCUUUUCCCCUCGCACGCAUGCUGGUGUCACAGCGACCGUUAUUGGCUCAAGACCUGUCUCCAAGGCACAGAGUUGGGGAUCACGUAAUCGCUCUGGGUAAUAACUUGCUGUUGACUGUUUCCUGGGAGGAAAGGAAAGGCAGGAAGGAAAAAUAACAACUGGUCAAAAGUUCCACUCAUGCAAAAAAAGAAAAAAAAAAAAAAAAAAAAGGAAAUAAAAGUUGAAUCAGAAGAGCUGGUUUCAUUCAAGAAUACAGAACUCUACAGAACAGUAAGAUGCUAACCUUUGUAGCAGAAGUUGCUGCUUUCUAUGUAUGUAUUUGUUGCAGGGCAGGUUGGGGUAAAGAGAUGCAAAGUGAGUACAUGACAACAUUCCCCGUUUUCUUUGGUGAACUACUUCAAAGAAGCCGUUGAGUCUGGCAGGGGGGCCGAAAGCCAGCGCAUCCCGCUUGCCCCUUAUUGGUGCUCCUGGGCCUCAGCCCAGAAGUACAGUACAACAUAGCAGAGCUGCGCUUAGUUAAUACGUUACAGAGUUAAAAUGACAAAAUGCUGUUGGGUUGCAAUUUCACGGUAAUUUUAAGCUCCCCCGGGUGUGAGGUACGGCUGGACGCAGCCUCCUGCCGCGGAGGUGUGGAGCGUUGGCCCAGCCGUGUUUCCCUGGAUGGGAAUAUAUGUAUUUCUCUGGGCGGGAGGUAUAUCCCAGCACCUCUGUGGGGGGGACGGCAGCGCACCCCGGCACAGCCGGGCCACCCCAGCUCCCUGACCUGUGACACCCCUCUUCCCAGGUGGGGUGAAGGACACGGCGAGGGGCUCCCCAGAGCGGCGGCAGACGGCCAGCGGGGAAGAAGGAAGUCAGGAGCCUUUCCGCCCGGCACGGCGCCCCAGAAGAGAAUCAGCAGCUCCCCUCCAGGAGCAGGUGAAAGACGAGUUCUUGGAGAGUGACGUUAAAUCCAAGGCUGUCCAAAUGCCAGCUCCCACCCUACAGCCUGCUCAGCUCACAGUUGUGCUGCUGGAAGAAGACCUGCAGGAAGAUACACUAAAGUGUCACACAUCAAAGAAGAAAAACUUGGAUCCUGCCUCAGUGGCUGCUGUACCGCAUGGUGCUGGAGAGGAGGAGAGCUAGAGUGAAUUUGCUGUAGUUCCCGGUUCCUGCAGUGUUCCCUGCUAGCUCAGUGGUUGGUGUCCUCCAUUCCUGGACUUUGCUUGAUGGGGAUCUCUGCUUCAGGAGCAGUCUCUGCACUCAAAAGCAGGCAAGCAGGGAUAGAGGAGGUCGCCUCUAGAUGCUGGAAAGGCCAUUUCUAUAAGCUCCUGGCUGAAGAUCUUUUCUGGAACAGCUGCUGGCUGUAGGCCCACCAAGCCAAGGGUCAGGAUAGCCUCUCUGCAGCAUGUCUUCCAAGCCAGAGCAGAAGGAGACCCACCAGGCCAACGGGGCUGUGCUGCCCAUUGUGCCCGUGGAGUGUCUCACCAGUCCGGACCGGGGGCAGCUGGUGGAGCCCUCCGAUUUCCUGGGACCUGAUGGUGACAGCGUAGAAGUGGUGGUGUUGGAGUCCCGUGCCAAUGCUAAAGGGGUGCGAGAAGAAGAUGCCCUGCUGGAAAAUGGCAGCCAGAGCAAUGAAAGUGAUGACACCAGCACGGACCGAGGUCCUGAGCCAGCUUCGCCCCUCAAGGAGACCGCCUUUUCCAUCGGGCUUCAAGUCCUCUUUCCAUUCCUCCUGGCAGGCUUUGGGACAGUUGCUGCUGGAAUGGUGCUGGACAUCGUGCAGCACUGGGAUGUCUUCAAAUACGUGACUGAGGUAUUUAUCUUAGUACCUGCAUUACUGGGCCUGAAGGGGAACCUGGAGAUGACUCUGGCGUCUCGCCUGUCGACAGCUGCUAAUAUUGGCCAAAUGGAUACACCCAAAGAGCUCUGGAGAAUGAUAACGGGGAACAUGGCUCUGAUACAGGUUCAAGCGACUGUGGUUGGCUUCCUGGCCUCGAUCGCAGCCGUGGUAUUCGGGUGGAUCCCAGAUGGGCACUUCAGCAUUGACCAUGCUGUCCUGCUUUGUGCCAGCAGCGUGGCUACUGCUUUCAUUGCUUCCCUUGUUCUGGGCAUGAUUAUGAUUGGGGUCAUCAUUGGAUCCAGGAAGAUGGGGAUCAACCCUGAUAACGUUGCCACACCCAUUGCUGCCAGCCUAGGGGAUCUCAUCACCCUGGCUCUGCUUUCAGGAAUCAGCUGGGGCUUGUACAAAGAGCUGGAGAGCAAAGCCUAUGUGAAUCCUUUGGUAUGCGCCUUCUUCAUAGCUCUGCUGCCCAUCUGGAUCAUCAUUGCCAAGAAGAAUGCAGCGACUCGGGAGGUGCUGUACUCUGGCUGGGAGCCAGUCAUUAUCGCAAUGGCUAUUAGCAGCGUCGGGGGUUUAAUUUUGGACAGAACGGUCUCGGAUCCAAACUUUGCUGGGAUGGCUGUCUUCACACCAGUUAUUAAUGGUGUGGGUGGCAACCUGGUGGCAGUGCAGGCUAGUCGCAUCUCUACUUACCUGCACAUGAGUGGGAUGCCUGGAGAGAGCUCCGAAACAGCCCCUCGCAAGUGCCCCAGCCCUUGCAGCACUUUCUUCAGCUCAGAUGUGAAUUCCCGCUCUGCUCGUGUGCUCUUUCUUCUGGUGGUGCCUGGACACUUGGUUUUCCUUUACACCAUCAGCUCCAUGCAAGGUGGACACACCACACUCACCCUGAUUUUCAUAGUCUUCUACAUGACGGCCGCGCUUCUCCAGGUUCUCAUUCUUCUGUACAUUGCUGACUGGAUGGUGCACUGGAUGUGGGGCAGGGACCUCGAUCCUGACAACUUCUCCAUCCCAUACUUGACAGCGCUGGGGGACCUGAUUGGAACAGGUCUCCUCGCUCUCAGCUUCCACAUCCUCUGGCUCAUCGGUGACCGGGACUCCGAUGUGGGAGACUAGCUCUCCCUGCUUCCCCUCUUCUCACAGCUCUCCUCCUUUCAUUUUGUUGUUGUUUCUUUUCCUCCACCCUUGCUUUUCUCGGCUUCCUCCCCCCACCCUGUCUCUCUCGAGACUUCAUCUUUGAUACUGGAUUCUCAUUAUUUUCAAUGGGAAUUUUAUUUGGUUUAUAUUUCAAGCCAAGUUUGUACAGAAAAUAAAUCUAGUUUUAGGAAGGACAAAAAAAAAAAAAGUGUAACGAGACAAUCACCAAGUGCAAUUUCAUAGUAGUUAUGUCUGAACCAAGGUUACAGUGAAGAUACUGAUCAGUCAGAUCAUGCAGGGAGCCCACCCUGUCCCAGUCACUAGAGGUGAAGGGCUGCUUUUUUCGCUUCAUAAGCGUUUUAAAUACUGGAGGUAAGGUUCAGAUUUAUUUUACUGAACGGGCACCUUCUAGCAAAGUACAACCUCAUGGAUGAGGGCAUGGGGUAUCUCCUGUCUUCUCUGCCCUGUCGCCCUCCUCCCUUGUGUUCCCUCUCUGAAUCCCCCUCCUGUGCCUAGCAUCCAAAGCACGCAAGCCUCCGGUAGAGGAGUUAGUGAUGGUAGUGAGGAGGGUCCUCUGUGGCGAAACACCCAGUCCUGUGUGCCCGCAGAGACGGUGAGUGAUCUCAGGUUUGAGGACAGCAGAGCCCCAAAACCUGGCUGUGAGCAGGCUGGUCUCUGCUGACACAUUUAGGCGCCCUUUUGCCAGCCAUCCGGCAGCGUGUCACACUGCAGACUGCUUGUUCUGCCCCUCAUCCCGAGCUCAGUUCCGCUGCUGCUGCCUGCAGAGGGAUACGCUCUGCGCUUGGAAGAGGCCGUGAGCUCUCCCCAUCCAUCCUUCUCCCCUUCUGCCUGGCGUUGCUCUGUGAGAGGAUCCCCUGGAACCGUCGUGGAUGCUGUGUGCAAGCCUCUCCUCCGUGCUGGUGUGGGCACAGCGCUAUUUUCAUGGCAGCCUGCUCAGUUCAGUUGACUUUCCUUUCCUGCACGGGUGGAUGGAAAAAUAGAUCCUAUUUUGUGUGUUAAGAUUUUCUUUCAGUUGCUGAGUGCUGCUGAUGGGCCCAUUGCAGCUGGGAAGAAGCCACCUAAUACCUCACCCAGUUGAGCCUGAGGGAUUUCAAAUUUGGGAGCAUUAUGCUCUCGAUGUCUCUUAGAAAAGGACAUCCAUGUUCAGCCACUGGAUUUCUCUGUGUAGGCACCAGCUGGAAAACAGGUCAGCAGACACAGUCAGGUUUCCAAAGCCCUGGUUCCUGGUGCAGCUCUCUGUUCGGGACUGGAACCCACUUACCCUUGAGCAGGAGUAUAAAUCUGGCAUCAGGGUUACAGCUCAGCCUGUAAGUGCUGGCCGAGCACUGCGAGCGCAGAGUUCCCUGCUCCAUUUCUUUCCUCUCUGCUUUUUUGUGCUCUUCAGCUCGGUGAUGGCCGAGAUCCCUUCUCUUCACUGCUAGUGCAUGUUGGAAGGACUCUGGUGCAGUCUGUAGUGGCGUAAUGACAGAAAACCUGUUCUGGCUGGGUGACUAAGGCUUUUGUAAAUGGUCUUCCUGAAUGCUGUCGGCGCUCAAAUGCAUUUUAAUUUUCCCAUUUGGAUAUAAAUCAAUUCAGUAAACUGAGUGCAGUUAGAUGUGAGCAGGCCUUAGCGACUUGGAAACUUCACCCAGUUGCACCAAGUUUAAAUGAUGUGCUCGAGCAGACAGCGCUAUUAAACCGGCUCUAAUGCACAAAUACAAAUUGAAUGCAUAAGCGUGCAUGGGGGGGAAGCUCUUAACAUCUGUCGAGCAUGGGGAAAAUACAGUAUAUCCCACAGAGCCUCAUUUCAGUGCUGCACUGUGCAAAGCUUGGGGAGCUGCCUGUAUCCUCCCAAACGCUGGGAGAGUGCCCACGGGAUUCAGCGUAGUAGCAUCUUGCAUCCUGAUCCCGCAACGACAGCCGAGCUCUCGUUUUAGCCAGCCGUGCAGGCCUGGAGCGCCGCAGUUCUGCUCCUGGUCUGGACACUGCCUGUCAUACUUAACCUGCAGCUCCAGAACGUAACCUGAAAGCUGCUGGAUUUGUGGUUGGCUGCUUUUCUUCUUGCUUUAAGUGUGUUCCUCACAGCAGAACACGACCAUCCUUGGUUGGCCUAAUUUCCUCCUUUCGAUUAACUUCUGUAUUUCUCAUACAAACCAAUGCUUGUUUUCUCCUUUUGGCUUUCUGUCGCUGCAGCGCUGGGCAUCUCUGCCCAGCUGGGAAAGGGUGCAGUGUGGUGCUGGGAAUGUUGAUCUUCCUCUGAAAUAAGGCCAGGUUGGGAGACCUGUUUGUUAUUCUGGACAAGGCCAGAAAUAGCUGAGCUCUACAAAGCCCUGCCUAAGUGCAGACAGUUUUGCUUUUUAGGUGAGGAGCGAUUUGUUAGGAACAGUUCCUGCCUCCCCCCAGAAAAGAGCUGAAUGCUUCCCUUAGGGGCCAAGUCAGGACCAGAGUUAGUCUGGGACUGGGCAUUGUCCUGGCCUGGGGAUCUGCUUGCAGAGCUGGUCCUUACUCUAGAGAUGAGCGUGUUGGAAAGGAAGGUCAGGAUUAGUGAGUGGGAAACCAGUUCUGGGAAGCCACUGGCGCAGACGUGUCCAAACCAAACGGCCGCCAGGCUCGUGGUGGCCCAAGGACCUCUCUGAAGCUGUGGAAAAUUUCUUUCCUGCUUCGGGGGGUGACGCCGAGCUCUGCUGCUGCUGCUGAAGCUGCCUGCGGUGGUCAGGGGCCAAGGCGGGAUCCUUGCCCUGUCAGGCUGCUCCCCCUCAGCCCCUCAGAAGAGCAGGUGAUAGAUUUUUGAGAUGGCUUUCCCCUUUCUGGCUUGCUUUCCCCCCUCCCCUUCUUUGCAGCAUGUCCUUUGUGGCAGGAGCUCCGAACCUCAUACUCCUCACCCUGGUGACGUGACUUCUCACGCAUCUUGUCUGGCCAAAGCUCUGUUCAAAAAAAAAAAAAAAAAAAAACAAAACAAAAAACCCUGCUGUACUGAAGUCUCAGCCCAGGGACUUCUGGAGUAUUCUCUGCUGCUCACCUGAUUUCUCUGCCUAAUGUUGAGGAAUAGAUAUGAGACUCCUUCCAUUAACACUCAAGCUUUUAUGUAUAUAUAAGAGAAACCCUCCUGGUCUUUUAGGUGUCACAUCACUAUUUAGUUCCCCAAAAAAAGAUUGCCCAAAGGAAGAAGCUACUGCUCAUGGCCUCCCGUAAAAUGAAGAGACCCAGAGGUGGUUGAGCGCCGUCGCGCUGCUGGGCUGGUGGCAUCUGUACGUUUAUGGAAGGUCUAAGGUGUGUGUGGGGAAUAGGUCAGGGGAAAAUCCAGUUUAAAACGGAAGAAUAUUGAUGGUCAAAAACUUCUCCCACCAGUUGCACUCAAAUGCAUGCCUACUCUACAGCUGACUGCAAAUGAAAAAUACUGGUUUACUCUUUUUAUUAAAGGAAAAAGACUGUCUUAAUUAUUUAUAGUUCCUAUAACUGAAUUGACAGGUGUCAACUUAACUGAUAAAUUAUAUUUGGUUAAAUAAAGAUGACAUUUAUUUAUGUGGA